AUGGACAAAUUAAAUUUAAACUGGAAAGAAGACGUUAUAGGGCAGUCAUAUGAUGGAGCUGCUAAUAUGCGAGGGGAAUAUCAAGACCUUAAGACCCAUAUACAAGAAAAUAACCAACAGGCAAUGUACAUAUGGUGUCAUGCUGAUCGCCUCAACUUGGUAGUUAAAAAUGUAGUAUCUUGCAGUACCUUUACGGUUGAUUUAUUUGGAAAUGUUGAAUCUCUGUAUGCUUUUAUAUGGUGUUCCAAGAAUAGAGUAGCAUUGUUUCGAAAAUAUCAAGAAAAACGUCUUCAUAAAUUACAUUCUGGUCAAACAAUGACAUUAAAAAGAGUAAACACAACAGGAUGGUCUUAUCAUUCAUUAGCAUUAGAUACAAUAUUAAGCAGGCAUUAUUCAAUAAUAGAAAAUUUAGAAGAUAUUCGGACCCCAGAAGGCCCUGGUGAUGCAAAAACAGGAGAUACUUGCAGUGGUCUAUUAAACUAUUUAAAAUCCAAUCAAUUUAUGAGACAGAUUUUAGAAGUAAGGUCUAAUCCAAAUUCUCCCACAAUAGAUGCUUUUAAUGCCGUAUGCAAUAUUUAUUCAAAAUAUUUAAACUAUGAAAAAUUAGUUUAUGAUUAUAUUCGGUUUGCCGCUAACAUAAUUGAAAUAGAGCAUUCUAAUACUCUUCCAGAAUAUUUACAUCCAGUUGCUAUGAAUGACGAAGAAGAAUUAACUGAUUAG